CAACCCUCUCCAAUCUUCCACCAUGAAGUCUACUCUUCUCUACUUGCUGUCCGCAACCCUACCUGCCAUCUAUGGCGCUCCUACCGGAGGAAACCCUCCGUUACGCGGCUCCGAGAAUCUCCUGGGUUACUCGGCCUCCAACACGGUGACGGACCAGACGACCGAUGAUAUUCCCUACGUGCCGGUGCCCGGCCAGACGGAUGCUGCCGACGUGGGUGUGUACCUGGACUUCGAGAAUGCCGAGAACCCGCAGCCCGUCCGCGGUGACGUGGGUGGUACCGAUCCUGGGCCUCGCAACCUCUAUUACGACAAAAUGAACAGUGACAAGCUGGCGCCCCCGGGGACGGAUAAUGGCCAGACCAUCAAUGCUCAAUGGCCGAUGGGUCUCAGCCACAAUCGCCUGGGUCUGAACGAGUCCGGCUGGGCUCGACAGGAGAAUGAAGUGGUGAUGCCCGGAGCGACGGAAAUGGCCGGGGUGGACAUGCGUCUGGAAGCGGGUGCGUAUCGGGAAUUGCACUGGCAUGUGGCCUCGGAAUGGUCGCUGGUGCUGAAUGGAUCGUGUCGGAUCGAGGCUGUCAACGAGAAUGGACAAACUUUCGUCGAUGACGUGAGUGCCGGUGAUGUCUGGUUCUUCCCUCCCGGAGUGCCGCAUUCCAUCCAAGCGCUGGACAUGGGCGUCGAAUUUCUGCUCAUCUUUGACGAUGGGAGUUUUUCCGAGGAUAAUACCUUUCUUGCCACUGAGGUCUUUGCCCAUCAGCCGCGCUCCGUCCUGGCCAAAAACUUCGACCUCCCCAUCGCCGCCUUCGACAACAUCCCCGAAGACGAGCUAUACAUCUUCCCCGGCACCCCGGCCCCCACCAACAUCGAAGAACAAAACGUGACCGGCAGCGCCGGCAUCGUCCCUCACUCGCAAAGCUACUCCUACCACUUCUCCGAGCAACCCGCGCACGAAGUCCAAGGCGGCAGCGUCAAGAUCGUCGACUCGCAAACCUUCCCCAUCUCAUCCAACACCGCCGCCGCCCUCGUGACCGUGCGACCCGGCGGCAUGCGCGAGAUUCACUGGCAUCCGACCAGCGACGAAUGGACCUUUUUCAUCAGCGGUCAGGCGCGCGCGACGCUGUUUACGGCGCCCAGUACGGCGACCACGUUUGAUUAUCGACCGGGGGAUGUGGGGUAUUUUCCGCAGUCGAAUAGUCAUUAUAUUGAGAAUACGGGGGAUGAGGAUCUCGUGUUUUUGGAGGUGUUGCAGACGGAUGAGUUUAGCGGUAUUCCUCCCUCCCAUCCCCGAUUUCAUUGUCAAGUUACUAAAAGGGUAUACAUAGAUGUCUCCCUCGGCCAAUGGAUCGGUUCCACACCGAAACAAAUCGUCGCCGAUACCCUCCGGCUGCCGCAGAGUGCUCUGGACCGACUCAAGACGGAGAAGAUGUAUGUGGUGGCGGGGUCGAAUGUCUCGGAUGUGGCCGUAUAGAUAUCGUGAGGGUGGUUGGUGAUGAGAUACGAGUGAUGAUGAUUGGACUCUUGCUUGUUUGCUGAGACUAUACAUAGUUUGCUAAAAUAAAUCGAUGUUAUUG